AUGCAAAAACAAUUUUCUAUUUAUAGAAAUCAUAUUUGUUACAAUAAAAUAAAAAAAUUUAUCUGCGUUUUUCUAAAUUCUUCUAAUACUAUUUUUCCUUGGAAUUCUAAAAAGAAUUUUGGAACAUAUGGAGCAGUGACAAGAAGAAAACAAAAGCAGAGAGAGAAAUUUUACGAAGAAAAGUAUAGGCAUAACCCUAAUAAUAUACCAAAAUAUUCCAAGGUAAAAAAAGGAAGUAGAGGUGGAUGGAUUAAUAAUCCUUUAAAGGAAGUUACUAAAAAUAGUGGAAGUAAUUUUAUGUAUGAAGAUAAAAUAAAAGAAGAAUUAAAAUCAGAAGAAAAUGAAUGCAUUAAAAAUCUUAUAAAGGUUCGAAAGGAACUUAUGAGUAAAGAAUAUUUUGAUGAUAAUGUCAUAAAUAAUAGUAAAAUAUUUAAUAGUAAUAAUAGUUCUAUGAAUAAAAAUAAAGAAAAUAAGUUUUCUAAUUUAAAUUUUUUUUCCAUAUGUGAAGAUUUCAUUGAAAAAAAAAAAGAAAUAAUUCAUAAGAUUGAGAAUCCCCAAUACUUUGUUGAUAAACAUAUAAAUUCUUUGGUAAACGAAUAUAAUAAUAUUAAUACACUACAUGAAAAUUAUAAUGUAAAUAGCUAUCCUAAAACACCUGAAUUUUUAAAAGAUUUGAAUAAAAAAAAAAAAUAUAUCCCAAAUCAGAUUAGUGUAAAAAAUUUCGAAGAUGAGGAAAAAAAGGGAAAUAUAAAUGAAAUUCAUACAUGUGAUAAUGAAGGUAAAACUAAUAAACUCUGUAAUUCUAUAAAUAAUAUAUUUAAAUAUGAUUCAAUGAAUACAAACAAUAACAUCUCGUAUAAUGAUUUAAAAAAAAAUGAUAAUAUUUCAAAAAACAUUGUAAUAAAUAAGUAUGACACUUCGAACAAUGUUAAAAAAGAAAAAAACAGAAAUGAAUUGGACGAUUUUAUUAAAGUUAAAAAUGAGGAUUCUAAUUUUCUUGGAGAAAAAAUUGAAAAUAAAAAAAGUGAAAAUAGUUUAAAAGAUUUAUAUAUUGAGGACUUUUUAAAUUAUACAGAUGAAAAUGACUUAGAUAUCAGUUGCUUAGAUGUCUUCACUGCGCUAAGUACAGUAGAUAGGAAUAGAAUACUAGGUACAUUUUUUAGUUCUAUGAAUGCUUCUUUCAUUUUAUAUAACAAUUGUAUUAUUCCAUCAAAAUUUGAGGAAGGAACAAUAAAUGAAUAUUUUAAUACAAGAAAUAAUUGCUCUUUAUUUGAUAAAUCAUAUCAACUUAUAAUUAAAUUAAGAGGUAAUGACUGUUUCUAUAUAUGUAAUCAAUUUAUAUCUAGUGAUUUAAAUGACAUGAAGAAUUACGAUACUUGUUACUCAUGUAUAUUAGAUAAUAAAUCUUUCAUUAUAGAUACAUGUUAUGUAUUAAAAUGUGAAAAUGAAGUAAUAUUAGUGACAUCAGGAUAUUAUAAAAGAGGUUUAUAUGAAUUUUUAAGUGAUUAUAUUUUAUUUUGCAAAGAUAGUGGAAUGGAUGUUAACAUAGAAGUUGAUAUGAAUAAAAGGGUAUUAUCUUUACAAGGUCCAUUAUCUAAUAUAGUUUUUAAUGAUAUUUUAGAAUAUUAUGCGUGGAAAAAUAAGGAUAAAAAUGUAAGAUAUCUAAAAAACAUUAUAAAAAAGAAUUAUGAAAAUGAUAUUUAUUUUAAAGAUGAAGAGAGUGAUUUUUUUAAAAUACCAUAUAUGAGUUUUAAAAAAUUAAACAUGAUAAAGAAGAACAAUCAAAUGAAGGAAGAAAGAAAAAAUAAUGAAAAUGAUAAAUUUCAUAUGUAUGAAAUUUUAUGCAUAAGAGUUGGAGAUACAGGAGAAGAUGGGUAUGAAUUUAUAGUUGACAAUAGUAUAAGUGAUGUUUUUUCUCAACUAUUCUUAAAUCACAUAAAAGUAAAAUUAGCUGGUGCAUAUGCUUUAGAUAUAUUAAGAAUGGAAUCUGGUAUUCCUCAAUAUGGAAUUGACAUUUUUAAAAACACAACUCCUAUUACUGCUUCUUUAUCAUGGACAUUAAAAUAUAAAAAAAUAAAAGAAAGAAGUAUUUUUGGGUUUCAAAAUCUUUUAAAAGAGUACAGUAUGAAAUCAAAAAUAUUACGUAUUGGUCUUAUAUGUAAUGAAUUAAUUUUUAAAACGUGCAAAAUAUUAUCCUAUCCAUAUAAAAAACCUAUAGGAUAUGUAACUUCUUGCACAUGGAGUCCUAUAUAUAAAAAAAGAAUAGCUCAAGGUUAUAUUAAAAGAGAAUUUGCAAAAAAUAAUGAAAAAGUUCUUAUAUCUAUUCCUACUGAUAUUCCCCAAGAAUUUUCCAAAAAAAAAAAAUAUAAAAUAUUAAGAAGUAGAUCUGCACAUAAAUUUACACUUGCUCAAGUUUGUGCAUUACCUUUUGUUGAACAUAAAUAUUAA